GCCGGGCGGGGGCAGGGCCAACGGUGGAACCGCCCCCAACCACCUCCCCGGCCAAGCGAGCGGGAGGGUUGCUGGGGCGCCUCCACCUCCUCUUCCUAAAGCGGCGAGGCGCAGAGGAGCGGCAUCACUCGAGCCCAGGUCCCAGCCACCACCACAUACAGCGCCCCGCAUACAGGAGGAGGAGCAGCAGCGGAAGCCGCGGCAACUGCGGCGGACGGGCGCCAGAAAGGCCCCGGUCGAAAAACCUGGGAGGGCCGCCGAGCUACCCUCGGAGGAGGAGCCAGUCCCAGCCCAAGGAGUCGCCACUGCAGGAGCAGUGCGGAGCACCAGUCGCCUUCAUGGCCCACUCACCGGUGGCUGUCCAAGUGCCCGGGAUGCAGAAUAAUAUAGCAGAUCCAGAAGAACUAUUCACAAAAUUAGAACGCAUUGGGAAAGGCUCCUUUGGAGAAGUUUUCAAAGGAAUUGAUAACCGUACCCAGCAAGUGGUUGCUAUUAAAAUCAUAGACCUGGAGGAAGCUGAAGAUGAAAUUGAAGACAUUCAUCAAGAAAUAACUGUUUUGAGUCAGUGUGACAGCUCAUAUGUAACAAAAUACUAUGGAUCAUAUUUAAAGGGUUCAAAAUUAUGGAUAAUAAUGGAAUACCUGGGUGGCGGUUCAGCACUGGAUCUUCUGCGGGCUGGUCCAUUUGAUGAGUUCCAGAUCGCUACCAUGCUAAAGGAAAUUUUGAAAGGUCUGGACUAUCUGCAUUCAGAAAAGAAAAUUCACCGGGACAUAAAAGAACAAGGAGAUGUUAAACUUGCUGACUUUGGAGUUGCUGGCCAGCUGACAGACACACAAAUUAAAAGAAAUACCUUUGUGGGAACGCCAUUUUGGAUGGCUCCUGAAGUUAUUCAACAGUCGGCUUAUGACUCAAAAGCUGACAUUUGGUCAUUGGGAAUUACUGCUAUUGAACUAGCCAAAGGAGAGCCACCUAACUCCGAUAUGCAUCCAAUGAGAGUUCUGUUUCUUAUUCCCAAAAACAAUCCCCCAACUCUUGUUGGAGACUUUACUAAGUCCUUUAAGGAGUUUAUUGAUGCUUGCCUGAACAAAGAUCCAUCAUUUCGUCCUACAGCUAAAGAACUUCUGAAACACAAAUUCAUUGUAAAAAAUUCAAAGAAGACUUCUUAUUUGACUGAACUGAUAGAUCGAUUUAAGAGAUGGAAGGCAGAAGGACACAGUGAUGAUGACUCUGAUUCUGAGGGCUCUGACUCAGAAUCCACCAGCAGGGAAAAUAAUACUCAUCCUGAAUGGAGCUUUACUACUGUGAGAAAGAAGCCUGAUCCAAAGAAACUACAGAAUGGAGAAGAGCAAGAUCUUGUGCAAACCUUGAGUUGUUUGUCUAUGAUAAUCACACCGGCCUUUGCUGAACUUAAACAGCAGGAUGAACAUAAUGCUAGAAGGAAUCAGGCAAUUGAAGAACUCGAGAAAAGUAUUGCUGUGGCUGAAGCUGCCUGUCCUGGCAUCACAGAUAAAAUGGUGAAGAAAUUAAUUGAAAAAUUUCAAAAGUGUUCAGCAGAUGAGUCCCCCUAAGAAACUUAUUAUUGGCUUCUGUUUCAUAUGGACCCAGAGAAACCCACCAAAGCUACUUCAAGCUUAACAAUGCUUAACUCAUGAGCUCCAUGUGCCUUUUGGAUCUUUGCAACAUACUGAUGACUGAAAAUUUGGAAGAACCUAUUCAACUAUUUUGUGAUGGUGUUUAUUAUUUUAUAUUUUAAAGAGAUUAUUUUGUAAGGAAUAACUUUUAAUACUAUAGUUUUACUUGUAUUCUAGUAAAUGUUGAGAUACGGUUUUGUUUUUAGGUGUCAUUAUUAAGUUAAUAGGAUAAAAACCUUUUAUGUUUUGAUCUUUAGUUAACUAUAUACCCAUGAAACAUACAGGUCUUUCAAAGUCAUCCGACAUUCAACUUUUGCAGAUCAUCAAGCUUCACAAAGCUUUUUUGUUUUUACAUAAGAAUAUUCUUUAAAAAUGACUAUUGGUGGGGAGGUGGACAUAAGUCAUAUCUUCUUAAAACAGAAGUUUUUAAUAAGCCCUUGGAAAUGAAAUCUGGAAAAGUAUUGACUCUUUGACCAAGGUGGUAUGGUAUUCCAGGCAGCUCAGUGAUGAUCACAUUCAAGAGCCCUGUGUCAGAAGCAUUUGCAGGCAACAUGUAGCAACAGAGGUACCUCUUGUUCUGCAGUAUUUACCUUCUCUUUUAGAAGAAGCAGUGAACUCUUAUUUUAGUAGAAGGAAUGAACACUUAUUUAACUCUUAUUGGAAAUUUAAAAUAAUACCAUUUAGCCUAGAUGGAUUUUUAGUAAUACUGGACAAAUCAGUUUGGCUUCAUUUUAAAAUCAACUCAAAUCGCAUAUUAUAUGCUUGGAUUUGGGCAGCUUAAUAAAAGUUGAUCAUAAUGUGACUAAACACCUAAUCAGCAGGUAUGAAUAUAACUUACACCAGCAUAUUUUUGUCAUGGUAGUAAAUUGUCCUAUUAACUAUUUAUACAUUUUUGUUUUUCAUAAUUAACAGUACAUAAGCAUCAUUUGUUCAUUUUUGAAAGGAUAUUUAAAUGAGCAUUUUUUUUUAGUUCUUAUGAAAAUGAUCAUAGUACAGGAUGAUUUUUGUCCGUACAAAGAUGUUAGACUGUACAGUUAAUUUUCAGUUAUAUUUAUGGUACUGUUAAGUUUUCUUUUAAACUCAUUUAUAUAUUAUGCCUAAGUUCUGAACUGGGGCUCUAUUUCAGUAGUUGUAGAAUUAUGAUAUUAGUUUUGAUAGUUAAUGUUUUAUUGUUUGGAUCUGCACAAUUUGUUUUUUGCACGUCAUUUAAAAAAAUCUGAAUAAUUGCCAAAUGUUAGAGAGAAGUUAUUCUUCAAGUAAAGAAUACAGCUUUUAGUCAAAGUGGCCAUUAUAUCCUCUUUUUUUUUUUAAUAAUAAAAACACUUGAGAAAGAUGAUGUGGUGUCAUAUGCCAAGAUAAUUAUUUUCGUUGGUGCCUAUACUGUAACAAUUGCUUUUAACACAUUGUAUUUUGAAGUAAUGGCUUAGUUAAAAUUUUCACCUGCUAGGUAACUUAAACUCAAUUACUAUUUAUAAUUUGUAUAAGUCUGGAAAUAAUUUUGCAAUUCAUAUCAUGGAUUAAAUGAAUAUUUUUGUAAAAGUAAAAGCAACAAAUUUAUAAAUUGAUUGUUUGAAACUUUACAACACAACUGCAUCACAGAUACAAAUUGUAUUGCUUCUUAUCCAUUAUAGUUAUUGGUCCUGUAAACUAUUUAUAGGUGAAGCAUACUCCAGUGUUUUGAGGGCUUUAAAAAUAAAUAUUUAAAUUUCAUGGUU